AUGGAUUUGAAGAAUAAUAGUACCAUACCCACUGAUGGAAAAAUAGAGUCCAAACCACCGUUAGAGAAGAAACUUUCCAAUGGUGCAGUAUCAUCAACCACUAGCAAUGCUACGAACAGCAAUAGCACAAACGCUGCAACACCUAAGACAUUCAAUUCAAGACUAUUAUGGCCUGAUAUUAUAAAGACACCAGAAAAUUCAUGGACUUUUACAUGCAAAGAGAUAAUAGAUAGACUGGGGACCGAUCCUCAUAGUGCUGCAGAUACCAAGAAGAACAUGGAGAAUUGUCUGAUGUAUUUUUACACUUUAAAGAAGAAAUUAAAUUUAUUUGAUCAUUCUUAUACGGCAGCAUGCAUUCUAUUUUUCAGAUAUUGGUAUGCUUAUGGAUUGCCACCGGUAUACGUUGAUUGCAUUCAUAUGUCACAAGCCAUCUUAGUUAGUGCAUGUAAGGUGAUGGAGAAUAAUAGGCCAAUCGACAUGUAUGUGAAAGCGACCGCUGAAUUCUUGAGCCAUUCGUCGAAUAACAGGAUGCAAAAGAACAUAGACAAGUUGAAAUGGGACGUCAGAGAUAAAUUAGUAACCAACGAGAAGAAAUUUAUGUGUCUUUUUGGAUUUGAUUUAAAUUUUGAAAACCCAAAGGAGAUAAUCGAAGAGAUAUUUAGCGCAUACUAUAGAUACAAUAGAGAUUUUGAUCUUCCGGAUGAAUUUACUAAAGUUUUCCCUAAGAUAUUACAGCAGGUUAGAAGUUUUAUCGUCCAGGCCGUGACACAGCCCGUGUCAUUGCUAUGUGAUGGAUAUUCCUUUAUUGCAUUGGCUUUGAUAUACUGUGGGCUACAAUAUAAGAACCAGGUGGACAAGGACUUUAAGUUUCCAAAGAACUUUUUUAAGGAGAGGUUUCCAAUCUCUGUUACUUCAAAGAAAAUGAACGAGUUGUUUACGGAUUAUAGAAUAUUAGAAGAUAAUUUUUUCAAUUUAAAAAGUAACAAGGGAGAUAAACUUCAAAUAAGUGUUGAUGAUAUUGAUGGGAUAAUAGAUGAAGCAAAUGGCACAGAGGCGGAACGGGUUGCUGAUCCAUACGAUUACGAUUUGAUUAAAUCAGGGGAAGUUAAGCAAGAAUUAUUAGAUCAUAUUGAGGUUAGAGUUAGGGAAUUAUUCGAAAAGACAAUUGCAGAAAAUAAGAAACGACAUAAAACAGGCGAUGAAUCUCAUUCAGAACCACCCGAAAAGAAGAUAAAAGUUUGA